AUGGGUUGUGGCUCCAGCAGAAAAGUAGUCCCGGAGCCGCCAGAGCUGGCCCAGGUCAAGCAGGAGGGUCAAGGCAGAGGCAGCGCCGUAGGCAACGGGCCGGGAUCCGCAGAGAUAGCAGAGGCGGCUCGGGGAAUGCAAGUGGUCCGCUUCCGAGCCAAGUUCGACCCCCGGGUCCUCUCCAGGUAUGACAUCAAGGCCCUUAUUGGGAGAGGCAAUUUCAGUAAGGUUGUCAGAGUGGAGCAGAAAGCCACCAAGAAGCCUUUUGCAAUAAAGGUGAUGGAAACCAGAAUGAGGGAAGGCAGAGAAGCGUGUGAAGCGGAGCUCCGCGUCCUGAGGCGUGUUAGCCACUGCUACAUUGUCCAGCUCGUGGAGGUCUUCGAGGCCCAGGACUGCGUCUACAUGGUAAUUGAGCUGGCAACAGGAGGAGAACUAUUUGAUCGACUCAUUGCUCAGAGAUCCUUUACAGAGAAGGAUGCUGUCAGAAUCCUCCGGAUGGUUGCUGAUGGGAUUAGGUAUUUGCACACUUUGCGAAUAACUCAUAGGGACCUAAAGCCUGAAAAUCUCUUAUACUACCAUCCAGGUGCAGAGUCAAAAAUUUUAAUCACAGAUUUUGGGUUGGCAAAUUCUGGGAACAAAAGUGGUGACUGGACAAUGAGAACACUCUGUGGGACACCAGAAUACAUAGCCCCUGAGGUUUUGCUGAGGAAACCUUACACCAGUGCAGUGGACAUGUGGGCUCUUGGUGUAAUCACGUUUGUUUUACUUAGUGGAUUCCUGCCUUUUGAUGAUGAAAGCCACGCACGGCUUUAUAGGAAGAUUGUGAGAGGCAAAUAUAAUUAUACAGGAGAGCCUUGGCCAAGUGUUUCACACUUGGCGAAGGACUUUAUAGACAAGCUACUUAUUUUGGACGCUAGUCAUCGCAUGUCAGCUGGCCAAGCCUUGGAUCAUCCUUGGGUGGUCAACAUGGCGGCAGGGUCUUCCAUGAAGAAUCUUCAGAGAGCUAUUUCACGGAACCUCAGGCGGAAGGUCUCUCCCCACUCUCAGAGUCCUGGAUCUGCACAGUCUUCUAAGUCAUGUUAUUCUCACAAAUCAAGGCGCAUGUGGAGCAAGAGAAACUUAGGAGUAGAAGAAUCACCACUUUCUGAAUUUCUGUGA